AUGUCGGGCGCGAACGAUAAAGCAAGAUUCUAUCUUGAACAAGGUGUUCCUCAAUUGCAAGAAUUGGAGCAAAAGAAAAUAUUUACAAAGGAUGAAAUUAAAACAUUAGUUAAAAAGCGAUCCGAUUUCGAACAUAGGGUGUUAGUGAGAGGUUCAAAAGCCGUUGAUUUUGCUCGAUAUGCCGCAUGGGAAAUGAGUCUUGAGGACCUUCGUCAAAAAAGAUGUAAACGAAUGCGCAUAAAAGGAAGCUCAUCGCAUGCCGGUCAAGCACGCGUAUUCGGUAUAUUUGAUCGAGGUGUAAAGAAACAUGCUGGAGAUGUCGCAUUAUGGAUGUCAUAUUUGGAAUAUGCAAGGAAAGCCAAAGCGACGAAGAAAUUCAAGACGGUAUUGACAGCGGCAAUUCGAUUACAUCCUACCAAACCGGAACUAUGGCUGUAUGCGGCCAAAUGGGCCUUGGAAUUAGAUGCGGAUAUGAAUGAGGCAAGAAGUUAUAUGCAGAGGGGAACUCGAUUCUGUACUAGGAGUAAGGACUUAUGGAUCGAAUAUGCGAAAUUGGAGAUGAUCUAUUUGGCAAAGAUUGCUAUACGUAGGAGGAUUCUUGGUUUGGAUAUCGAUAGGACUAUCGAAGCUCCAAAAGAAAUCGAAGAAACACCGGAAGAAUCUGGGUUCACAACCUCGCAGGAUAUGAUCGCAAUUCCAGAUUUCAAGGAUAACACAAUGCAACCAAGCAUGAUGGCAAGAGUAGGAGUAGAUUCCGAAGCCGCUAAAGAUCCAAUGACUACACCAGCUCUCAAUGGUGCAAUUCCACUCGCUAUCUUUGAUGUCGCUAAAAAGCAAGCAUUCUAUUCAUCAGCCGCAGUAGAAGGAUUCUUCAACAUGUUCGCAGCAUUUACUCAAGUAAAAUGUCUUCCUAAAAUCCUUCAGCACGUUUUGGACAGUAUGUUGGAAUCAUAUCCUAAGGAUCCCGCAACAUGCAAUUGUUAUAUUCGUCAACCAUUAAUUGGCAUCGAUCACACCUCUCCCGAAUUUGCAGUCGCCAUUGGAUCUGCACUGAACCGUCUCAAGGAAUCCAUGGAGAACACUAACGAUAAAACUCAAUUGUCACUGAAGACAAGAGCAUGGAUUGAGGCCAUCAUAGCAUUACCGGAAUUAGAUUCAGGCAUUCAAACGGUUUUGCAACAUACACUCCGAAAGCUGGAAUAA